AUGCGUCCCAUCAAAGCUCGUGAACAACUCGCUAUCCCAGACGACGUUAAAGUGUCUGUAAAAAGCCGUGUUGUUCAAGUCAGCGGCAAACGUGGUAAACUCGUCCGAAGUUUUCGUCAUGCCCGUGUUGAUAUCUCUAUGCCAAAGAAGAAUUUGAUCGUUGUCGAAAAAUGGUUCGGUACCAACAAGGAAAAUGCCGUUGUCCGUACCAUUUGUUCGCAUAUUAACAAUAUGAUUAAAGGUGUUACCAAGGGAUAUUGUUAUAAAAUGCGUUCAGUAUAUGCUCACUUUCCCAUCAACACUGUCGUUACAGAAAACGGUCAAGCAGUUGAAAUUCGUAACUUUUUAGGUGAAAAGUUCGUUCGUCGUGUUAAAAUGCAACCUGGUGUUAAAAUCACAGCCAGUACUAAACAAAAAGAUGAACUUAUCUUAGAAGGCAACGACAUUGAACUCGUUUCACGAUCAGCUGCACUUAUUCAAAUGUCGACAUCUGUUAAAAACAAAGAUAUCCGUAAAUUUCUUGACGGUAUUUACGUGAGCGAGAAGGUGAGCGCCGAUGAAGCUUAA